GCGGGUCUUUCUUCUUUCUUCUGUUUCUAGAACUUGAUUCGCAAAGUUUGUUUGUCCAAGCAGUGUAGCACCCUCCAAAUUUUACAAGACACCCUGUUCGCUAGCCCACUCACCUAUUCGAUAUUAUUCGGCCUACAUCUAUCACACCCCGUCAAUCUAUUAUUAAUUCCUGCGAAUCACUAUAUCUAUCAAGUAUUGACGUGCCGGAUCCUUAAUGCGACUCUCUUCACUGCCAGCAAAUCUCGAGCCGUUGGAGGCACUAUGCUGCUAUCUGAAUGUCCAGAAAGUGUCAUUAUCUCCAGAAGAUCCCGUCCCACCAACAAUGGAUGUCCCCGUCGUACGUGAAGGCACACGGAUGCCCACCCACCUCUUCGUACUAUCGGACGGCUCCUCGUCAGGCCUGACAUCCCCCUACGUGCUCGCCCCCGUCCCUGCCGACCUCUUUGCCCAGAAAUUCCGCUCCGAAGCCAUCCCCCCGGUUCGCCCUGAUUCUCCAUCCCCCAUUCCACGCAAUGAGCCCUCCUCCUCGAAACAAAUCAUCACGCUCCCCGUCAUCCCCCUCACCGUCCCCCACGCACCAUCCAUCCCAUUGCUCCUCCUGUACGCCCUCGGCUUGCCCCCACAUAUGACUGGGAUGGCGACGCACCUCCUCCCGCUGGAAGCCAUUGAGGAGUUCCCCUCCGCCGCGGCGAUGUCGCAGGCCAUGGCGCGUGUCUGCGACGAGAGCGAGCUGCGACGAUACGUCGCGUUCAACCAGGGCUUGUGGAAGAAUAUCCUCGCACUCGGCCCGAAGGACACCCAGGUCAUCGAGUUGGUGCAGACAGCGUGGAACGUCACCGCCGAGGCGAGGCGGAUGAAGCGUUUAUGA